GGAUCUCCAUUGAAAUAAACAACCAGGCAGCAGUUAUUAACACGGGAACAUGGCGGCCGCAGCCUGGGCUCCCGCGGCGGCGGCGGCGAAGGUCAGCGCCGACGGCAGCCGGCACCUGACGGCGUGACGGCCCCACCGAUUUCUCUUGGAUUUGGCUUCACAUUAACAGAUCUUCUGCACUGUGUACAGGCACAGUUGCUGAUAUGUGUUCAAGAUGAGUGGGAUGGGAGAAAAUACCUCUGACCCGUCCAGGGCAGAGACAAGAAAACGCAAGGAGUGUCCUGACCAGCUUGGACCCAGCCCCAAAAGGAGCACCGAGAAGCGUAACCGCGAGCAGGAAAAUAAGUACAUAGAAGAACUUGCAGAGCUGAUUUUUGCAAAUUUUAAUGAUAUCGACAACUUCAACUUCAAACCUGACAAAUGUGCAAUCUUAAAAGAAACUGUGAAGCAGAUUCGCCAGAUCAAAGAGCAAGAGAAAGCAGCAGCUGCCAACAUAGAUGAAGUGCAGAAGUCAGACGUGUCGUCCACGGGGCAGGGUGUCAUCGACAAGGAUGCGCUGGGGCCUAUGAUGCUUGAGGCCCUCGAUGGGUUCUUCUUCGUCGUGAACCUGGAAGGCAAUGUGGUGUUCGUUUCCGAGAACGUGACGCAGUACCUAAGGUAUAAUCAGGAAGAACUGAUGAACAAAAGUGUCUACAGCAUCCUGCAUGUCGGGGACCACACUGAACUUGUCAAGAACCUGCUGCCAAAGUCCAUGGUGAAUGGGGGGUCUUGGUCUGGAGAUCCUCCCAGGCGGAAUAGCCAUACCUUCAACUGCCGGAUGCUGGUGAAGCCUUUGCCAGAUUCAGAAGAGGAAGGCCAUGAUAACCAGGAAGCGCCACAUCAGAAAUACGAGACUAUGCAGUGCUUUGCUGUGUCUCAGCCAAAGUCUAUCAAAGAAGAAGGAGAAGAUUUGCAGUCCUGCUUGAUUUGUGUGGCACGAAGAGUCCCCUUGAAGGAAAGACCAGCCCUUCCCUCAUCAGAAAGCUUUACCACCCGCCAGGACCUCCAAGGCAAGAUCACUUCCCUGGACACCAGCACCAUGAGAGCCGCCAUGAAGCCAGGCUGGGAGGAUCUGGUGAGAAGAUGCAUUCAGAAGUUCCACACACAGCAUGAAGGGGAGUCUCUGUCGUAUGCCAAGAGGCAUCAUCAUGAAGUUCUGAGACAAGGAUUGGCCUUCAGUCAAAUCUACCGUUUCUCCUUGUCGGAUGGCACUCUUGUUGCUGCGCAAACAAAGAGCAAACUCAUCCGUUCUCAGACAACUAAUGAGCCCCAGCUUGUGAUCUCUCUACACAUGCUGCACAGAGAGCAGAAUGUAUGUGUAAUGAAUCCGGAUCUGACUGGACAAGCGAUGGGGAAGCCAUUGAAUCCAAUUAGCUCUAGCAGCCCUGCCCAUCAGGCCAUGUGCAGUGGGAACCCAGGUCAGGACGUGACCCUCAGUAGCAAUAUAAAUUUUCCCAUGAAUGGCCCAAAGGAACAAGUGGGCAUGCCUGUGGGCAGGUUUGGUGGUUCCGGGGGCAUGAACCAUGUAUCAGGCAUGCAAGCAGCCACUCCUCAGGGUACUAACUAUGCACUCAAAAUGAACAGCCCCUCACAGAGCAGCCCCGGCAUGAACCCAGGCCAGCCCACCUCCAUGCUCUCACCAAGGCAUCGCAUGAGCCCCGGCGUGGCUGGCAGUCCUCGCAUCCCACCCAGUCAGUUUUCCCCUGCAGGAAGCCUGCAUUCCCCUGUGGGAGUUUGCAGCAGCACAGGAAAUAGCCAUAGUUAUACCAACAGUUCCCUCAAUGCACUGCAAGCCCUCAGCGAGGGCCACGGGGUCUCAUUAGGGUCAUCGUUGGCUUCACCGGACCUAAAAAUGGGCAAUUUGCAAAACUCCCCAGUUAAUAUGAAUCCUCCCCCACUCAGCAAGAUGGGAAGCUUGGACUCCAAAGACUGUUUUGGACUUUAUGGGGAGCCAUCGGAAGGUACAACUGGACAAGCAGAGACCAGCUGCCAUCCUGGAGAACAAAAGGAGCCCACCGACUCCAGCCUGCCCCCGGCAGCCAGCGGGGACAGGGCUGAGGGACACAGCCGGCUGCAUGACAGCAAAGGGCAGACCAAGCUCCUGCAGCUGCUGACCACCAAGUCCGACCAGAUGGAGCCUUCACCUUUGCCCAGCUCCUUGUCGGACACCAACAAGGACUCUGCGGGUAGCUUGCCUGGGCCCGGCUCCACACAUGGCACCUCGCUCAAGGAGAAGCAUAAGAUUUUGCACAGACUCUUACAGGACAGCAGCUCCCCUGUGGACUUGGCCAAGCUGACAGCAGAGGCCACGGGCAAAGAGCUGAGCCAGGAGUCCAGCAGCACAGCUCCUGGGUCAGAAGUGACUGUCAAACAGGAGCCAGUGAGCCCCAAGAAGAAAGAGAAUGCACUACUUCGAUACUUGCUCGACAAAGAUGAUACUAAAGAUAUCGGUUUACCGGAAAUAACCCCCAAACUUGAGCGACUGGACAGUAAGACAGAUCCUGCCAGUAACACAAAGCUAAUCGCUAUGAAAACUGUGAAGGAGGAGGUGAGCUUUGAGCCUAGUGACCAGCCUGGCAGCGAGCUGGACAACUUGGAAGAGAUUUUGGAUGAUUUGCAGAAUAGUCAGUUGCCACAGCUUUUCCCAGACACAAGGCCAGGAGCCCCUGCUGGGUCAGUUGACAAGCAAGCCAUCAUCAAUGACCUCAUGCAACUCACUGCUGACAGUGGUCCCGCCACACCUGUUGGAGCCCAGAAAGCAGCGCUGCGAAUGUCACAGAGCACUUUUAAUAACCCACGACCAGGGCAACUGGGCAGGUUAUUGCCAAACCAGAACUUACCACUUGACAUCACAUUGCAAAGCCCAACUGGUGCUGGACCUUUCCCACCAAUCAGAAACAGUAGUCCCUACUCAGUGAUACCUCAGCCAGGAAUGAUGGGUAACCAAGGGAUGCUAGGAAGCCAAGGAAACUUAGGGAACAAUAGCACAGGAAUGAUUGGCAGCAGCACUUCCCGGCCCACCAUGCCCUCUGGGGAAUGGGCACCACAGAGUUCAGCUGUGAGAGUUACUUGUGCUGCUACCACUGGUGCCAUGAACCGGCCAAUCCAAGGAGGCAUGAUUCGGAACCCAACAGCUAACCUCCCCAUGCGAGCCAACAGCCAGCCUGGCCAAAGACAGAUGCUUCAGUCUCAGGUCAUGAGCAUAGGGCCUUCUGAGUUAGAGAUGAACAUGGGAGGACCUCAGUAUAACCAACAGCAGGCUCCUCCAAACCAAACUGCCCCGUGGCCUGAGAGCAUCCUGCCUAUAGACCAGGCGUCCUUUGCAAACCAGAACAGGCAGCCCUUUGGCAGCUCCCCAGAUGACCUGCUGUGCCCACACCCUGGAGCAGAGUCACCAAGCGAUGAGGGCGCUCUUCUAGACCAGCUGUAUCUGGCCUUGCGGAACUUCGAUGGCCUUGAGGAGAUUGACAGAGCUCUGGGGAUACCAGAACUGGUCAGCCAGAGCCAAGCUGUGGACCCAGAGCAGUUCUCAAGUCAAGAGUCCAGCAUGCUGCUGGAGCAGAAGGCCCCUGUUUUCCCACAGCAGUACGCAUCUCAGGCACAAAUGGCCCAGGGUAGCUAUAAUCCCAUGCAAGAUCCAAACUUCCACACCAUGGGACAGCGGCCUAAUUACACCACACUCCGUAUGCAGCCCCGACCGGGCCUCAGGCCCACGGGCCUCGUGCAAAACCAGCCAAACCAACUGAGACUCCAGCUUCAGCAUCGCCUCCAAGCACAGCAGAAUCGCCAGCCACUUAUGAAUCAGAUCAGCAAUGUCUCAAAUGUGAACUUGACUCUGAGGCCUGGAGUACCAACACAGGCUCCUAUUAAUGCACAGAUGCUGGCCCAGAGGCAGAGGGAAAUCCUCAACCAGCAUCUCCGGCAGAGACAAAUACAUCAGCAACAACAGGUGCAGCAGCGAACGCUGAUGAUGAGAGGACAAGGGUUGAAUAUGACCCCAAGCAUGGUGGCUCCAAGUGGUAUAACAGCAGCCAUGAGUAAUCCCCGGAUUCCCCAGGCCAAUGCCCAGCAGUUUCCAUUUCCUCCAAACUACGGAAUAAGUCAGCAACCUGAUCCUGGCUUUACUGGGGCUACAACUCCCCAAAGUCCUCUAAUGUCUCCCCGGAUGGCGCAUACUCAGAGUCCCAUGAUGCAGCAAUCUCAAGCCAACCCAGCCUACCAGCCCCCCACAGACAUGAACGGUUGGGCACAGGGGAGCAUGGGUGGAAACAGCAUGUUUUCACAACAGUCUCCACCACACUUUGGGCAACAAGCAAACACCAGCAUGUACAAUAACAACAUGAACAUCAAUGUGUCCAUGGCAACCAACACAGGUGGCUUGAGCAACAUGAGCCAGAUGACAGGACAGAUGAGCAUGACCUCAGUGACCUCCGUGCCUACGUCAGGGCUGUCCUCCAUGGGUCCCGAGCAGGUAAAUGACCCUGCUCUGAGGGGAGGCAACCUUUUCCCAAACCAGCUGCCUGGGAUGGACAUGAUCAAGCAGGAGGGAGAUGCAUCUCGGAAGUACUGCUGACCCUGCAAGACGCUGCUUGCUUCUUUCUUCAACCACUGGGCUUACUUGCUCAAAACACUUACCAGUCUGGAGAGCUGCGUCUCUUUGUUUUGACCCGCCUGACCUGCCAUCAGUUCUCCCAGGACACGUCAGCAGACAGUUGGGCCCUGGCCCCGAGCACAGAGCGUGCUGGCUUCGUGGCUUGGCUGCCACCAGAAGAGCUGCCUCUCCUGACAGCCUGCAGCUCACCUCCAGACCAUCUCGCAGUCUGCUCACUGCAUUCACCUUAGUGCAACUUAGGUCUCCUGCAAAUUAAAUGUCACCAGGCAAACUUCAUCCCCAUUCAGACUGAAUGUGUUGAAUGUGUGUAUCUGAGGAGAACCAUGCUCUCGCUCUGGUCUUGUCCAGUUCCAGACACUGGUUUCUUGCUUUGUUUUCCGUGGCUAAUCAGUCUAGUGCAAAAGAUGAUGAUCUUACCUAAAGGAAAGAAAGGCAUUUGUCACACAGUCACACACGAGGUGUUCUAAGCUAAAGCCUGCAUUUGAGAUGGAAGCAGGGCAGACACUGUGGACAAUUCUGUGUGUGCUGACACGCCCAGUGAGGGACAACUAAUACAGACAGAGUUCUAUCUUACAGAAAGCUGACAACCAUAUGUCUGAACAGAUGAAAAGGCUCCUGAAAGAGGCAGCUAACAUUGACAAGUAUCUGCUCCACUUUUUCUCUCUGUUAAAACAAAACUCAUUCCCCAAAUCAUGAAUCAAAAAGAAGUAUUUAUUUCUAAGUUGUUUUUAGGUUAAUUGGCUAGUUUGAAUUGGCACCUGCCCUCCCUCUUUGGUCCUAACCGCUCCCUUCCCCCCCUUGCUGUCUCUUGUCUCUCCCACUUGCUUUCUUUUAAAAUAAAAAUAACAGCAGCAUAAGCCUUGGAAACCAGGUAAGCCCUUCUCUUCUGUCAGUGUGUUGGCAGCCACCUAGAACAGCUUACCAUUGAAAGUGCAUUUCCUGUGAUGGAGAGGAACAAAGUGGAGAUGUAAUGCUAGUCAGGCUAGGACACCUGCUUAGGAAGCCUGGGCUACAGUCCACUCAGGCCUCCAAAGUGAGAGAGCAGCCAUCACGACACAUAUAACCUCUGCCAUGUGGUUUUUUAUUUUGUUUUUUAGCAGUGCUGACAAAGCCGAAGUUUUGUAAGGUACACAAAAAUCCAAUUUAUAUGUAAACAAGCAAUAAUUUAAGUUCUGGACUUAAGUGUUUUAAUUGUAUAAUUUUGUGAGGUAUACAUAUUGUGGGAUUGACUCAAAAAAUGAGGUACUUCAGUAUUAAAUUAGAUAUCUUCAUAGCAAUGUCUCCUAAAGGUGUUUUGUAAAGGCUGCCGAUGCCUUGAUUAGACCUGAUUUGUAGACUUACAAUCUUUUGUUUUCUAACCCUUGAGAUUCUGCUCACGGAUCAUGUAUGUAAUCUAUAUGAUAUGCAGCCGCUCUAGGAACCAAGUCUUGAUUUUAUAUGUUUAUAUUCUUUCUUAAUAACCCUUCAAAAGGCUCCGUCACUGAGCAGCCCACUUUAUGGUUGUUUUUCUUGCCCGCUGUCGGGGAUAACGUUUAGUAAUUGGUGUCAGUUUCAGACAACUGCAGUACCCAGAACUGAGACUUUUCAAUCUCCCCAACCCUGAUACACAUACUUUGUUACCUAAAUUUCAGAAUGAUAUCUUUUUGAUGUCUAAAAACAAAGCAUUUUAUAAUGUCUCAUUAUCCAAGCUUUCUAGGAACAGAGAAGUUUUUCCUUGAAAUUUGUUUAUUUAUUCCUGGCAGGGUAAAAAACUUAUAAACUACCCUAUUUAUAUUUAUAUCUCCCUAUAUAUCUACAGACUGUGGAAAUAUAGAAAGAGAUGACCCAAAGACAAAUGGUAAAUCAUCUGAAAGUGUUGCUCCAUGCUAAAGAACUUUCUGGAAAUUUGCAUUUCGAUAUCUUUUUCCACUUUGAGAGGAAUCUCAAUGCAGGUAGGUGGCCAAGGAACUAUACUUCCCAGUGGCCACCAGUUCAUGUGUCUGCUCAAGGCUCUGCUUUUCUCCGCCAAACCACUGUGGUGCACAGCUGUGCUGUGGAGGGAGCAGAUGUAGCCCAGAUUCCAGGACCCUGCCCCGGGCCCCGGGCUCAGGUGGCACACAGCUGACUACAGCCUGUUUUCAGAUAAUUCUUUAGAAGUUUGUGAGGUAGGGUAACUUUUAACUUCACACAGCACGAGAGUAAAUGGAGUUUAAAACAGAUUUCCCACUUCACUAUAACACCAGCCACAACAUCUGUCUUUCAGCAGUUCAUCCGAUCUACCACUGUCCUCUGACGGCAGUCCCAAGCAGGCCAGUGUACAGACAUGGCAGUUGGCUCAGCCUGUGAGCAUGGCCUGCAGAGGAGAGGGUAAAUCCUCCCACAGCUCCAAGCAGUGAUGCAUUUUAUUUUCCAUCUAAAUAGGAAAAUAAAAUGAGGGAAGGAAGCCUCCGAUCAUGUUCUCAUAGAAGCCAAUGCCAAAUCAGUCCCCUCAUCUUCAGUAUUUCUCAUGCUGCGCACAACAAAUCUGUAUGUGGUUUUUGUUUGACGGAACAUAUAAUCAGUGUUUUCUUCUAUUACUCAAUGUGAAAAGCAUAAUGUGAAAAGUGUACACACCUUCACUUGGUUGUAAAAACCCACCUACGUGUUCAUGGGGCGCGGUAAGUUUUGGAAGUGAAGUGGACUCUGUUGCUGCAACAGAUUCAUUGGACUCUAAGAUUGAAACACCCCGGCGUGUAUCUCUUACAACCUGGAAUGAUCGAAAGCAAUGGUUUUUUUGCAGUUUAAGAUGCAAUUUGUAAUCUGUGUUUAACAAUGGAGUUCAUAUGGGCGUGACACGUGAACUGGGAGGCGCAGAUCCACUUGCAGAACCCAAAGAUACACAAUCAAUUUUGAAAUGCAACUUAAGCCAUUAAUUGUUGGUGUGAAUUUAAAAUUUUCUAGUGUUUGUAUGGUAGUACGCUGCCUAAGAGCAAAGCAUUCUCUGCACAAAAGAAAAUACUGUAGUGGCUUCGAUUUUAAUUAGAAUUUUCUCCCUGGUGUUUCUUUAUAGACUAAAACAAAAUCUUUUAAGUUUCUUACUACAGGUAAAAGCUAUGUGCAAGAACCUCAAAAUGCUAAAACCUAGCAUAAUGCCUUAGAUCUGUUUUUAAGUCUUGUAUAUUCCUACAUAGCUGUCCAAUGUAUUAUAUUUGUAUAGUGAAUUGUGUACAAUUUUUGAAUAAGUCCAUCAUCACUUACUCGUAUGUUAUUGAAUGGUGAUGAUGACCCAUUUCUUCAAACAUUUAACUGUCAUUUUUUUCUUUGUCAUUCGUGGGUUUUAUUUGUACAGUUCCUCAUGAAGUUGCAUCUGAGAUCUGUGUAUAUGAAAAGAUUAUACAAGGGUAAAAUUAAGCAAUAUAUUAACCAUGGUUCUUCAGGAGAAAGCUUACAGUGUUUCAGGUUGUGGAUUUAUUUUCAAAACAGAGUUGACUCUGAACAUCACUUUGUUCAUCUGCAUUGAUGUUUGUAUUUCUAGUGUGAGCAGUUUAUGCAAAGGUAGAUAUAUUCAGAGAAAUUUUAAAUACAUUUAUGCAAGUUACUAUUGCUUUGCUGAUGCUAUUUGCUUAUUUGAUGUUAAAUAAUGCUAUUGUAAAUAAAGAAUCUGUUGUUACUGCAUCAUUUAAUAAAUUUUAAUGCCUUCGGGUUUUCCAUGGCUUUAGAGAUUUUAAUGU